GGUGGGGGCGCGGCGAGGCGCCGGCAGCCGUGACGAGGCGCUCCCGGCGCUGAGCGCUUCUGCUCCGGGCACGCAUGGCGCCCGCACACGGAGUCUGACCUGAUGAGGACGCAAGGGGGUUAAUAUGAACGCCUGUCUCGGUGGAAUCUGGCCCUGGCUCCCUCUGCUCUUGACCUGGCUCACCCCUGAGGUCAGCUCUUCAUGGUGGUACAUGAGAGCUACAGGUGGCUCCUCCAGGGUGAUGUGUGACAAUGUGCCAGGCCUGGUGAGCCGUCAGAGGCAGCUCUGCCACAGACACCCAGAUGUGAUGCGUGCCAUUGGCCUGGGCGUAGCCGAGUGGACCGCAGAGUGCCAGCACCAAUUCCGCCAGCACCGCUGGAACUGCAACACCCUGGACAGGGAUCACAGCCUCUUUGGCAGGGUCCUACUCCGCAGUAGUCGGGAAUCUGCCUUUGUUUACGCCAUCUCCUCAGCUGGAGUUGUAUUUGCCAUCACCAGGGCCUGUAGCCAAGGAGAAUUAAAAUCCUGUUCCUGCGAUCCAAAGAAGAAGGGAACCGCCAAGGACAGCAAGGGCACCUUUGAUUGGGGUGGCUGUAGUGAUAACAUUGACUAUGGGAUCAAAUUUGCCCGAGCAUUUGUGGAUGCCAAGGAAAGGAAAGGAAAGGAUGCCAGAGCCCUGAUGAAUCUUCAUAACAACAGAGCCGGCAGGAAGGCUGUAAAGCGGUUCUUGAAACAAGAAUGCAAGUGUCAUGGUGUGAGUGGCUCAUGUACUCUGAGGACAUGCUGGCUGGCCAUGGCUGACUUCAGAAAAACGGGUGAUUAUCUCUGGAGGAAGUACAAUGGGGCCAUCCAGGUGGUCAUGAAUCAGGACGGCACUGGUUUCACUGUGGCUAACAAGAGGUUUAAGAAGCCAACGAAAAAUGACCUCGUGUAUUUUGAGAAUUCUCCAGACUACUGUAUCAGGGACCGAGAGGCAGGCUCCCUGGGUACAGCAGGCCGUGUGUGCAACCUGACUUCCCGAGGCAUGGACAGCUGUGAAGUCAUGUGCUGUGGGAGAGGCUACGACACCUCCCGCAUCACAAGGAUGACCAAGUGUGAGUGUAAGUUCCACUGGUGCUGUGCUGUGCGCUGUCAGGACUGCCUGGAGGCCCUAGAUGUGCACACAUGCAAGGCCCCCAAGAGUGCCGACUGGGCAACCCCCGCAUGACCCCAGCAGAAGUCAACAUCCUUCUCCCCUCUACAAGGACUUCAUUGGAUCUUCAAGGACACUGGACCUUUGGGCUCUUCCCAAGAGGAAAAUUUCCUAGGGCAUGUGGCCCUCUCCACAGAAGCCCCCCUCUCCGUUUUUGGGGCCCCAGGACUGGGGGACACAUGCUUCAUGUAAAGCAUACCCUAAUCUAUCCUUCUCCCAGCAUUUAGGGGCUGCCUCUCUCCCUGGUGAGUUCUCUUUGGAGAUACCAUGACAGACUGUUAGAUGGUAUAGCUGGAGGACUCAAUCACUAUCUCACCCACCUAGACUCUUCCUCUUUCUAGAGCAACUGGCCAAGCAGAAAAAAGUGUCUCAAAAGAGCUUUCUUGAUAUCGUCCAACAAAUGCUCACAAUUAAGAAGUUCCAUAUUUCUCUCCAGGAGGUAAAAAAGCAAAAUCAGCUGCCACUGCAUUAACUUCACUUCUUGAAAAGACCUUGGUCUUUAAGUGAUUUUCAUCACCAUUGCUCUUAGGAGUAAUUAGUAGUUGUCUGAAGAAAGAUGACUUUCAAUAAGCUUCAGGUUUAAAAUACAUAUUUUCAAAGCAUUUACUUACAUAUUAAAAUCUGUUAUGACAAGGUGGGAAUGUGUACUUUGGUGCAGUAGUGUUUUGAAUCUUUGAAGUAGUAAAUGCCUCAGAAAGUGAUUGUUUUACAUCCCUGUCACCUGGAUAUAAAGAAUCUUUAGGGAACAAGACUUCCUUCUUAAGUAGGAUCAGAAGAGCAUUAGAAAGAAGACUGACAGUCUGGCAGUAUACUGUAACUAUUGGGUGAAAAUCUAGAAAAUAAUUAAGUGGAAUAUCAGAAAAUAUGUCUGUACAGAUAAAGAAAAAAGGGAUAAUAAAAUACCUAUCUGCUAUUUGCAUGUGACCCAUGGGAUUUUGUAACUGAAAUGACUUUGAGAAUGAAAACUUUUCUGAUAACAAAACUAGCAAGCUAACAUGCUGAUGGAAAGGUUCUAGAGCAAGCACAUCCCUCAGACAGCCUUUACCAUAAGCAGAUGCCUAGGAGAAGUUGGCCUCGUAUGCUGAGGCACAUCAGCUACUGCCCACCACCCUUCAAGCACAUUCAAAAUAUAUGUGUUUGAUGCUUACAAGAUUGUGAUACUGUACCCUAAAGCAAAUGACACAUAGCCUCGCUUAUAACGUUGGCAUUCCUACUAUAUUAUAUUACAAACAAACCAUAACUUGGAGACCAUAUUUAAAAGAUCCAAUUGUAAUUAUGGGAACAUCAGAAUGCAAAUAUUGCUUGGCUUUUGCCAUCAGCCAAGAGAUGACUUGAGGGGGAA